GUGCGGGGGGCGAACUCGAGCUCGAUGGCGCGGGAGGAGCACUGGAAGACUUGAGAACGAAGCUGCACGAGGCCGAACGCGCGGCGCGCGAGAGCGAGCUCGUGGCUCGGUCGAAGGUUUCAAAGGCGUUCGAGCGGUUGAAGGACGCCGACGCCGCGGCGAACGAGGAACGCGAGCGAGCGGCAAAGCUCGAGCGCGAGCUCGAGCGAGUGAAGGCAUCGUGCGAAGAAACGAGCGAAGCGCUUCAAGCGGCGAACAUAAAGGUGAGCGUACUCACCGCUCAAGUCGCGGCUCUCGCCGACGAACCGACGUCGCCGUCCAACGCCAAGGCGAAGAAAGGAAAGGCCAAGACAAAGUCGAAGCCUUCAGACGCGACUGUUGAUGUGGCGAUGGUGAAUUCAAUGCUCACCUCGGCGAAUGAAAAGCUGAAGCACGAAACCGAAGCGCACGAAGCGUCAAAGCGCGCGACGGCGUCGCUCGAAGAAGAAAUCAAGCGUCUGAAACCGCUCGCGCAGAUGACGGAGACGAUGAGAGCAGAUCUUACGUGUGCAGUCGCGGAAGCGAAUGAGGCGAAAUCAAACGCUGAAAAUUGGAAAAAGCUGGUAGACUCUAAAGAACAAUCGUCGGGUGUGAACGAAAGAAAGCUUCGCGAGGCGUUGACGCGACUCAACACGGAAUUGCACGAGGCGAAGGAAAAAGUUCGCGCGCUCGAAGUCGCCAACGAAGACGCUAUGCGCACCGGCACGAUGUUGCAGCAGCAAGCCGUGGAAGCUGGCGAGCGCAUCACUCGAAGUCUCCGAAGUCGUCUCGACGAGGUAAACGAUGAAAUGAGCGAACUGAAGAGGAGAGAAGCCGUAGCCGCGGCUGAAGGCCACGCGGCGUCCGAGGCGAUUCGCCGAGCCGCAAAAUUUGAAGAGGAACUCAAGCGUGCGAAACAUCGCCUCGCGGACGCAGAAAUGGCUCUCGUAGACAGUGAGUCAGCUGUCAAGGCGUUACAGUUUCAGCUCGAUUUGAGCGGAGAAUCCACGUAUCGCGACGACUCGAGCGUGCGACGCGAAACGCGUUUGCGAAACGAGCUCGAGGAGACGAUCGCUCACGCCGCAAAAUCGAGCGCUGAGAUUGAACGCCUCGGCGAUAUCGUUAAAAAGUUAGAUGACGAGCUCACGACGGCUCGCGAAGUCGUAAAACGGCUCACUGAAGAAAACAACUCGCUCAUCAAUCGCGUCGACGCGGCGGAAAAGAAGAACGAGAUUCAUUCCCUCCUCGGCGCGACGAGCGCGAAGCACGAAGACUUGGAAUUGCUCCAAACGACGGCGAGUAAAGUGGACUUGAUCGUGGCUGAAAAUCAGCGAUUAGCGUCUGAAUGUAAGGCGGCGCACACCGCGCUGAAGACCGCAGAGGACACGGCGAGGACGGCGAAGUCGGCGCUGGCGAGCGAACGCGAAGAAUUCGAAGUGUGGAGGCGCAAGGCGAGGGAAAUAAUCGAUUCCAAAGACCGCGAGAUUGAUCGUAUACGCGCCCGCGGAGAUGAUAAGCAACCGCCUCCCAAGUCGACGCCGACAGCAAUGCUCAAGCGCAAAGGCGGCGCCGAGGACGACGCUUCGUACAUCAAGGCGGUGUUACUGCAAUUCCUCGGCGAAGAGGAAUGGGAGGUGCAGCAAAACUUGCUCCCCACCGUUAUCGCGCUGUGUGGCGGUACAUCGGAAGAUUUGCGGAAAAUUCAAGCGAAUCGCGCUAAUUUAGAACCGACGUUCGUGCACUCGACCGAAGUAGCAAUCUCGAAAUCUCUGGAGCAGGGCGCGAUGACUGUCGCGUCGACGGCGAAUUCUUUCACCGAGAGCAUCGGUUUGGGGCGAUUUUUUUCGAGCGCGUGACGAAACAAUAGAUUAGGUAGAAGAUGGCAAGAAAUAGAAGA